AUCAAAGCGAAAGUAACCAAAGCAAUCAAAAUCAUCAUGAAUAUAUUCAAAACAACCAUGAAGGAAAUUAUAAUUAUAAAAAUGACCAAAGUUACCAAUACGAUUAUGAAAGUGAUCAAAGUAACCAAAAAUUAACAUUAUCUAAUAAGAAUAAAAAAUUAAAGACU